AUGGUGGGCCUUAAGACCAAGAAGGCCUCUAUUGCCUCAGACUCACAACCCAUAGGGAAAUCAGGGGCUGACUUAACAAUGCUAGACCAGACCAAAAUUGAGCCCACUGAUUUGAACCCGGCCCACAAGCCCUCUUCAGCCAAACUGAUUCCCCCUCUCGGCGGUGGCCUUUCGGCUCUAGGAGAAGAUGCGGUUCCCCGCGAGAGUAACUCUAUUCGAGAACAUCACAUAGGUAAGUCAAGGCGAGUUUGUUCCCCUCCCAAGAAGAAGAAGGAUACCAACCUCCGGGUAGCAAAGAAGAGCCACGGCUUGCGACCUGGAACAGGAAACGGUAAGCGACCACAAAAGAAGCAUAGCAAUUCCAGCCAUCGCAAAGCUGUCGAGGAACUCCUUGUCCAACUCCAAUACCUACCGCCCGCUGGAGCUCCUAUUCUGGGAACCAGGGAGGACAAUGUUCCCAUGAAUGAAAUUACCGAACCUCAGACCACUGGAACUGAAGGAGACCAGGCGUCUGUUGAUGCCGCACAGGUGGAAAAUGGAGCUCCGUUGGCGGAGUCAGCUAAUUAA